AUGCUUACAAAGAUCAAGACGAUCAGAGGAAUCUCGAGAGAUACCGAUCAAACACAACGGCAAUGCAUGAAACAGUACUUUGACAGUUCUCAAUCUAGUAUUAGAGUCGACUUGGUGAUGAAGCCGAGCUUUCUGGAGCUACGCCGCCCGACUUCCAAAGCGCUCGGCAUUGGCUAUUGCGGAGGGGCGCCGGCUCCAAGUCUGACCGAAGCAAAGGACUUUUUCCGUUUCUACAUCGAAAGCAGCAAAGGCCGAGUUACAAAGAACGGGAAGCCAACAGCAGAAUCUAUGGUUGGUAUUGCAGAGAUCUUCUAUCGAGCGUUCACUUGCGAGACUCAGACAGAGACCAGCGAGGCACAACGAACCGAGGUCUACCACAAGCUGAUUAGAAAUGAUAUCGAACUCGUCCAGAAGCGGAAACCGGAGGGCGACGGCUCCUUUUUCUUUUUCAGAUUUGUGAAGAAUAACCGUUAUGUCGAAAACCAGACGUUUGGCAUAACCAUGCAUGAACACCCUGUAAUUCUUCACGAUAUUGAGGCUUUGCUGGAGGCUCUGAUCUUUGCUGAUUAUGCUCUGUUUGCCUUAGAGACUUUAGAAGACCUUUGGGACUUGGAUAUUGUACCUGGCGAUAGCGAGAACAUCCUUCGCUGGAACGAAGAGGUGCUCGAUCUCCCUCUCCUACGUAAGAUCGAGGGAUAUGGCAUCGUUUCGAGAGAACAAAUGAGCCUGGAUGUGUUUCAACGAGCAUUUCGCAAUAUACUGAGUCUUGCCGGCUGUAUUGAAGUUGCCGCAUAUGUGCAUCAGAUCAGGCGUCAUCUAGGAAAGAAAAUCGAUGAGCGGUAUACUGAAGUUUAUCGAUCGCAAAAUAUUACGCAGUCGGAUGUGAUGGUCUUUGGGGCGAGCUACGUAGCUAAUUGCUCCUCGGUCGACGGGCUAAGCGCAUUCCUCGGUGAGAACCUAGAUUAUACCGCUGUAGAGUUCUUUUAA